GUUCAGCGACUGUCCUACGCUACUGUGAGAUAAUGGGCCGUUCACACUACAGGAAGCGUGUAUCGGCAGUCGCCUGCGCAACUUUAUAGAGACCAUGCGUGCUGUCACCCUCCUCCUGGCCGUCUGCUUGCUUCACUGGACACGCGCUUGCGAGCCGGACCAGCUGCACAAUGGCUGCCGUCUGCUGGGGUCUGUCUGCUCGUGCGGCUACGGCUGCAAGAACGAGUAUGUCUACAAGUCCAGGGCGGCCUGCCUCAACGCACUGAGAGAACGCAGCUCCAAUGCGUGCUAUCGCAUGCCGUGUCUCCGCGGCAUCUGCAUCCAGACGGCCAUGGACCCAGGGUUCUCUUGCAAAUGCGAGAACACCGGCUUUUACGGACAAAGAUGCGAAAGAGCAUGUCCCACCAUCCCAAUGCGUGGACUGGUGUUCCCACACGAAUGUAUCGUAAUUUAAAACAAAUGUUAAGUAAUUGUUUAAGAUAUGUAUUUAUUUAAUUAGGAUUUUACUAUGUACUUCGACCAUGUUUCUACCACGAGGAAGACAGGUGCUGCUUUGGACCCUUCCUCUAAAUGUAACCAAUGUAACCUUAAACAUAAAAUACGUAGCACGUUAUUGCGUCUACACGUUCUUUCUUUUUUACACGAUGUGGGAAAAGGCCAGCAUGUGGACGUUAGUAACGUGCUACGUGUUUCUGUUUCGUGGUAGGCCUUUAGACACGCUACGUACGAAUUAUCUGCCCCCCAAUCAAGGUAUAAAUUUUGUUUAUAGCCCAAAUUAAUGUUUUAUACUUCCAAUAAUACUUGAACCUUGAUCCUUGCGGCAUUUUGCCAUAUCCGUUACAAGUUAACUACGACAACAAUGGUACCUAACGAUAAUAAUCACACACGACCACAGUCGCACUGCAACGGUCAAGCUGAAGUUAUUAGCUUGAUGGGAGUUAUUCUACAUAAUGCUAGUCUGUGGUACAACUUGUGACGUAACCAGUGGUGGGAUAAAAUAAAGCCGCCUUAUUAAUAUGUAUGAUAUUAAUAUUCCUAGGUAUUUCUUUCCAUAUCCAUUUUUCGUAGACUCAAAACCUCAAAUAGGCAUCAUAGGCAAAUAAAUUACCUUAAUUGAUGUGAAUUCGACGUAUUACUGUAAGUACUUAGUUUGCAUUAGGUAAAUAAAUUUAUUUUUAGAUUCAA